AAAGAUAAUAUAAACUGAAUUUCCGGUUUAUUUUCUUCAAACGAAGGCCGUCCACCUCAAACGUUUCUUCCCCAAAAUUCCAAAUCUACCAUCCCAAACCCUAAACCACACAAUCCGCGCUGCAAUGCUCCGCCGCCGCCGCGCCCCGCUCCUCCUCGCCGCCGCCGCGGCGGGUGUCGCGCUGGCGACUGCCUCCCCGUCCGGCGACAACGGCCGAAGCGUUGCCUCCACGCUCCGGCACGGCGUCGCCCGCUCCUCCCGUGCCGUCUACACGAUUGGGUUCGUGGUGGCGGAUUACAAGUACUCCCUGAGGGGGCUGGAUUCUGGGUCGGCGGAUUACCGGGUUAAGCUCUCUGAGGUUCAUCUGCGUUCAGCGAAAAAGCUACUUAAACUAUGUGAAGUGAAUGGAGGGUUUUAUGUAAAAGCUGGUCAAUAUGUUUCAUCACUAAGACAAGUACCAAAGGAGUACUCGUCAACUCUCUCCUGCUUGCAAGAUCAGGCAACUCCAUCCAAGUUUCAAGAUAUAAAAAUCGUUAUAGAGCAAAAUUUUGGCAGGAGAUUGCAUGAAAUAUUCCUGGAAUUUGACGAACAUCCGAUUGCUGCUGCAUCAAUUGCUCAGGUUCAUCGAGGUCGAUUGCAUGACAAUCAAGAUGUAGCUGUCAAGGAGAGCUGUGUAUUAUUGUUUAAGAAAGUCACAAUAUUUCGUAAAGACCAGAAGUUAAUUGGAAAUCGAUAUCACUUUAAACAGGUUCAGUAUCCUGGAUUGGAGCAGCGAAUGAAGAUAGACAUCAUGACAAUGUCUUUCUUGUCAAAAUCAGUCUCUUGGAUUUUUCCUGAUUAUAAAUUCGAAAGAUUACUAGCUGAAUUUGAGAAAUCCAUGUCAAUGGAGCUUGAUUUUACUCUAGAGGCUAAGAAUUCCGAGAGAACAGCCAACUGCUUCCGGAAAAAAAGUGUCAUUAAAGUGCCUUAUGUGUUCUGGCAACUGACAACCAGAGAGGUUUUGACGAUGGAAUUUUGUUAUGGGCACAAGGUUAAUGACUUGGAUUUCCUGAGGAGAGCAAAUAUUAGUCCUACAAAGGUAGCUAAGGCUUUAAUUGAACUGUUUGGUGAAAUGGUAUUUGUACAUGGUUUUGUCCAUGGUGAUCCACAUCCAGGAAAUAUAUUAGUUUCUCCUCAAGGCCAUGGAAAAUUUUCACUAGUUCUGUUAGAUCAUGGAAUUUAUAGAGAAUUGGACCAAAAGUUCAGAUUGGACUAUUGUCAGCUGUGGAAGGCCUUGAUACUGUUGGAUACAAAAAAAAUUCUGGAGUUGGGUGAACAGUUUGGUGUUGGCAAAUAUGCAAAGUACUUUCCUGUAAUAUUCACAGGCAGAACUCUAGAAAGCAAAUCAGCUCUUGGCACACAAAUGUCUAGUGAAGAGCAGAGGCGUUUAAAGGAGGACUUGAGCUCUCUGGGAAUGGAUGACAUAUCUUCAUUUAUGGAAGCAUUACCAAGAGACUUUUAUGUCAUACUGCGAACAGAUGGAUUACUGAGGUCCAUUUUGGGGAAUCUAGGGGCGCCACGCCAUGUUCGGCUUCUCACUUAUGCAAAAUGUGCUAUACAUGGCCUCGAGAAACAGCCCAAACUGGAGUCUGGUACAAUCAACCAGAUGUUCGUGCAAGUAAAAACAAAUAUCAGCUAUCUCCAUCUUAGGGUACUUAUUGAAAUAGCGGGAUUGUUAGCAAAAGUAAAUGAUGCCAAGCAUAAGGCCAUGAACAAACUCAGAAAACUGUUCCAGGAGAUCAGUCGAGGUAUUCAUCUCCUUACGUAAUGCCCUGAAGUGUGUCAAGGAUGGAAGAGGAAGUAUGAAGGAGCAAAAUCAUAAGUACGAUUGCUGGAUUGGAUCUUGAAUCCUUUUUCUAGUGCAAAUCAUACAUCUGUUGUAACGUCAAGGUAGUGUUCUGACAAUAUGGUUGGAGGCACGUCUUAUCUUUUAGGUUGUACCAUUCACAGUUCACUCAAUGUCUUCGUUCUGUUUAGGUGCAAUGGAAUGCGAGUGAAGGCAAAUUUGCCCUAACAAAUGUAUCUGAAAACUGCACAAACGAGGUUAUAAUAUCCUUCAAGUCUUUUGUA